ACAAAGGCCGCCGGGCUUAGUGAUGGUCACCCAUCACCUCGUGUGCCGUUUAGUUCCUGCCUGCAAGCAUUACCAGCCGCUCCAUCUCCCCAUUGUUGGUGCCUGCGCGCUCAUCAUCGAAAGUUGUACCAUACCUCCUCGUCGUCUCUGGUGAUGGAGCCUGCAACCCAGCUGUUCCUCCUUGGCAUCACCUGUCUGGCAGCUUUAGCUACAGGUCAGACGCUGAAAUGUAUCCAGUGCCAGGGCGAAUCGUGCAAAACCGAAACCAUGCCCAGAGACUGCAUGGCAGGACAAGAUCACUGCUACACAGAGGUGGUGUCCACGCCUGGUGCUCGCAACAGUGUGGCUAAGGGGUGUGCAGAGGCCGCCGGGUGCCAACAUAAAGUUUGCUGCAGAACAAAUAGCUGCAACAUUGGUUUGCCUCUGCAGUGUGUAACCUGCACCUCAGAGGCAGAAUGCAAAAACGCUCAGCCGACGUACUGCACCGACCCCAUGGAAACUGCUUGCUUCACAGCUGUUGGAGAAACAGGUGCCGCCACAUACCUGAAUAAGGGGUGCAUGAGCGACCUCGCUUUUUUCCUGCCAUCUAUAGUUGUAGCUCGAUGUAAUGGAGACAGCUGUAACGCACCUAGCCCACUUAAGUGCGUUACCUGCAACUCAUUCGACACCUGCACGAAGCAGAACACAGAGUUCUGUAGAAAUGCAGACGCAAGAUACUGCUACGAGACAGCAGAGUCCAUAAAUAUCCCCGGCUCUUCAGAUGUUUUGAGCGUGAGCAAGGGCUGCACCAGGAGCUGUAUGGCCUAUUCAAAAGACAAGACCUACACCAACCACUGCUGCCAGAAGGAUGGCUGUAACAACAAGAGCCUUUUAAACGCUGCCACGGCCCCAUCCGCCCACUAUCUGGCUGGACUUAGCCUGCCGCUGAUGAUGGCCAUUUUGCACUAAAGUGGCAACCAUGAUGGCCAUUGCAGCCGAAGAGGUCUAACAGAACCCGCAGAUAAUUUUUCAAAAGUAGUUUUUAAUCGUUUUCCAUUUUAAAAAUAUAAUCAUUCCCCAUCCAUAUGAUUCAAAAUUAGUUAACGAACAUUGUAGAUCGUUUCAUAGG